AUGUUCGCACACUAACCACUAAGGAGAGACCCCUUUUUCUCUCUCCUCUCUCUCUCUCUCUCUCAGAUUUUGGGAGAGUCUCCUCUCUCUCGCUCCUCAUGAUCCUAUAAUAUAAAAAAAUUUAUUGGUGAUAAUUACAGAUACACGUUAUAUGUGUAUAUUGAUGGAGACAAUAACCAUUGGAAUCUGACCCAUUGGAUCUCGUUUCUUCUUGAGAUAUUUUUCUCCUGUUCUGCUCGUCUCCAGAUCUGUUCCUCAAUAUCUCCAUUGGUAAAGCUUCAAGCUUUAUUUUAUCCUCUCUCUCUCUCUCUCUCUCUCUCUGGGGACGGGACAUAAGAAAUAGAAUAAAAGAGUUAGACCAGACGAAACUGCCAUGUAUUUCUUCGGUUUGUCCAAAGAAGAAGUGUUGUCACAGAAACAUGUUGUAUCAUAUAAAGAGACUUGUAAGCAGAAUCCAAUCAGUAUGGUCACUCUAUUUGGGAGACAGGUGUAUCAGGUGAAAAGUGAGAGCUCCAUGUCCAGUGAUGGAUAUAAGAGAUUAAACUCCCCUAAGCUGUUGACUAAAGAUAUCGAUCUUCAGCUUCCUGCAGAUCACUAUGCGUAUAAGAACUUUCAUGAGACACUUGGUUCCAGGAAAUUUUACGGCAUUGGUGGUUCUCGAAACACCGUAGAGUUGGGGUAUCAUUCGGGUACCGAAGCAAAUAAUGUGAAGGAAGCAUCAGCCACAAACUGGAGUGGCAAGAGAAAUCCAAGAAUUGUUAUUGAUCUUGAAGAACCACCUCCUCCCUCAUGGGUCUCCGAAACAGAGAAAACAGAGCAUGUUGCAACUUCUGUUAGCUAUGUUACUAUGAGAAAUCCUGAAACAAAACCGUCCUUCUUCGAUCGGAUCAGCUCAAACAUUCUGAAGGCAGUGGAUCAAUCUCUUCUUGUUGAGGAUGUUAGUGAUAAGACAAGUAAUGAGGAGGAGCCAAGUUUACUGGAUCUUAAUAGCGCUCCGGUUGAUGAGUCUGCUGUUUCUGAGCCUCAUUAUUGUUUCUUACAAGAUUUGAACUGUCCAUACAUCGAAGAGACAGAAACGAGCUGCGAGAAAAGUGGAAUAGAUGAUGGCCCUACUCCGCUUUGCUCUCCACAAUGCCAAGAUGUUCAUGAAAAAGACGGCACAGCAUCUCCAGCUUCAUAUACUUCUUGCUGCACUACUGAAAACAACUCGAGGACUGAGUCAAGAAUAAAUUCUUCUCCUCGAGCAUUAGAGCCUUCUUGCCGAACCCGCCUUGAGUUUCCCGGCACAGAAGAAGACUUACAGGAGGAGAAUGGAUGUUGUAACGAAGAGGAAGAUUCAUCUGAAGUGAUUCAAAUGGCAGCUGAAUCAUUAGUCCACAUAUCAGAGAUUUCAUAUCAAAAUCAAGACUUGCAGUUAAAGCUUGUGUCAAGAACCAACAGCUUAUCUCAAGCUCAAGACUUUUCAGAUAAACUUGAGAUGGGUAAAGCGGAACCAGGAUGUUCAUGCGAUUCAUAUGAGCGACACACGUUAGGAAUAAGCGAAACCAACACUGAACAAGACUUCUGUGUGUCAUCAAUGGCUCUAGAUGAGCUUAAUAACAACAUCAGAAGAGAUAACAACAAAGAGAUUGGACUCAAGCUGAGAAGAGGGAGAAGAAUGAAGAACUUCCAAAAAGAGAUACUCCCGUGCUUAACGUCACUCUCUAGACAUGAGAUUCGGGAAGACAUUAAUAUCUUAGAAGCAGUUUUGAGAUCAAGAGAGUACAAGAAGAUGCAGGGGAAGACGAAAGAUGUCAAAUUCAGAGCAAACGCAAAGAACAAACGUUCAGUGCUGCAGAGGUGCGUUGGUAAAAGAAGGCGAAACACCGAAUGAAAAUAUCGAACACCUUCACGAGUUUCUGAUUCUUUCAUACAAUUGCUUUCAUCAUGUAAUCUUAUAACAGUCUGUGAUUUCGAUUUAUUUGCUUUAACUUAUGACAUUGAUUUAUGAUAAGAGGUAAAAACUAGUGACACAGUUUCUCAUUCUCUCCCA